GAACAAUUUUUGAUUUUUCUGUUGAAGCGAUCAACAUUUUUAAUGGGGUCAUUAAAUUGGUAAGGAGUGGGGACAAUAGUGAGUAAGAAAACAAUUGAUAUUAUUGGAAGUUCAUAAAUUUUUCAGACGACCCUCCCUGACGGGCUUGCCUCAUGCCUGCCUACUGUUUGGUCUUUAAACGCCUGUGGGGUGUCACCCAGAUGCGAUUUAAAAGUGGGAAAAUGUAGAACACGGUCUCGAAACGACCGAUCCUCUUAACGAAAAUAAGUGUGCACCGUUCAGGAGUACUGUAAUCUUCCAUGCUAUAUUGCUUGUUUUUUUUUCAUUUAAUGUACCCAAGCAGCCUUUAUUCGUGUUAAGUUAAUCAACAAAUGUCAAAGAAAUAGCAAAAAAUAUAGAAACAUCAAAGGAAAUUUUUCAAGGCACCAAAAAAAAUUUUGUUGGGAAAUGUUGGGAAAUCAUGAAUCACGCGAAUGCUCUGUGUGGCCCUAACGUGUCCGCGGGUUUGCUUAUACAUUUUCCUUUUCACUUGCUCCAUUUUUAUUCAAUUGCUCAAUUUAUUUGAAUUGCUUAAGGUUUGUAAAAACAACUAAUUUGAGGGAUUUUCUUUCUUAAUAUUAAAUUCUUAAUAUUAAAAGGUGAGUAUUCUGGGUCGAAGUAUUAAAUCCGGUUGAAAUCAUAUCGCUACUGACUUUUUUUGGGCUUUUAUAUGGAUGGGGGAGAAUAUGUAAAGACACUCAUAAGAGUCAAUUAGCAUCUAAUAUGCUGAUCGCAAUUAACAAUACAGGAGAAAACUAUUUGAUAUUAUUGAUGUUUGGUUAUCGAAAGUUAUCUUUCGACAUUUUUCAACUUUUGAAAAACUUGUAUGAAACGUUAAUUUCCUAGUUUUAUACCAAAAUUGUUAAUGAAAUAAUUUCACAUGCAUAAAAGUUUUGGCAAAAGGUGUCGCGAAGUCGGUGAAUACAAUACCACUCCGGCACAAAAGGGAUUAGCAGGAAAAAUUAUACCCCAAAAACCCCUUUUUGGAUAGAAUUAUGGCCGGGACUAUAUUAUCCAAAUAUUCAUUGAUUGCUUUAUCUUUUUCAGAAUUCGAACAACAAUGGAUUCCGAAAACAAAACUUCAAUAGCUAUCGGAUGCAAAGUUUGUAACAAAUACAAGGUCACAAAAUUGCUCGGUGGGGGGAGCUACGGAUGCGUCCACGAGGUCAUUGAGCUCAAAACUGGUGACCGGUACGCAAUGAAAUCGGAGUACUCCUCUAUGAAGAAACCCAUAUUACUAAAUGAGCUGAAGGUGAUGAAGGCAAUCUACACGUUUUCCAGUCAACAUGUUCUGAAAGUGAGAGAUAUGGGAGUUCACGGAAGUACCAAGUUCAUUAUCAUGCAAAUGCUCGAGAAGAACAUGGAUGAAGUGUUCGAGCUUCUUGGAGGUUCCAUGACUUUGAACACAGCAGUCGCAACUUCUUAUCAGUGCCUGGAAGGAUUGGAGUUCAUGCACUGGGCUGGAUUUCUCCAUCGCGAUAUUAAGCCCAAUAACUACUGUCUGGAUGCGAAUUCUGGGCAAGGAUUAAGAACUAUUUACAUAAUUGAUUAUGGUAUAUGUAAACGAUUUGUGGACAACAAUAACGUUAUCAGACAACCAAGGAAAAUCACCAAAUUUCGAGGAACUCUCGACUUUGCACCGAUCGUCAGUCACGAACUUCGUGAGCACAGCAGAGGGAGCGACUUGGAAUCUUGAUUAGUUUGAAAACAGUGGGCUUGAAGUUUUGUAGUGGCAUGAUAGGGGUUCACUUGUGAUAUUGUGUAAAUAAAUAGAUUCUUACUCGAAAAAAGUAUUUCCCUAGGUUUUACCUCCUCGCCUACUUCACCGUCGGGAAGCUUCCUUGGAGUUUGCUGGAAGAUCGAAAGGCAAUCGGCGAUGCGAAAAAGCGAUCCAGCGUUGAACCUCACUUGCAAGUGCUUCUGCCUGGAUGCCCAUCGGAGUACUUUCAAAUCUUCAAGUACAUUCAGUCUCUAACGUUCUUCGCGGAGCCCAAAUAUGAGGAUAUUUAUGAGAAACUCGAAAAAGUGAUUAGUGCGAGGAAGUUGAAGAACUUUAAGUUUGAUUGGGAGCACAAUCCAGCUUUUAUGGACGCAAAGUAGUUGGAAUGACUACUACACAUUGAUAACUCCUUGUAUUUUUCAUAAUUUAUUUCCACAAUAAAUCAGUUCAAUAAUGAUCAACGGUA